CUAUCUCUCCACACUUUCUCUCUCUACGUCACCCCAAUUCACCAGCGAUGCAAGAAGCAGAGCUUCACGAUUUGUCCGACGACUCCGAUUACGCCGCCUCUCAACAGCAAGGUUCGGCGAGCUUGACUCGGAGUGAUAGUAAACGGAGCUCCGCGAGUGAGCCCGAUGGUGCGGAAAUCGUUUACUUGAAAGAUAAUGUGACAAUUCAUCCAACUCAGUAUGCAUCGGAGAGGAUUAGCGGUCGAUUGAAGUUGAUUAAGCAAGGCUCGUCUUUCUUUAUGACUUGGAUUCCCUAUAAAGGGCAAAGCUCAAAUGCAAGGUUGUCUGAGAGAGAUAGGAAUCUCUAUACGAUCAGGGCAGCGCCGUUUACAGAGAUCCGGUCAAUUCGUCGGCACACUCCAACGCUUGGGUGGCAGUACGUAAUUGUUGUUUUGUCAUCAGGAUUGGCCUUUCCUCCCCUUUACUUCUACAAUGGAGGAGUUAGAGAGUUCCUUGCUACAAUAAAGCAACAUGUUUUUAUUGUGAGGUAGCAGAAGCUGCCAC